AUGGCCAGGAGGAUGUUGGUAUCUUGUGUAUUGGCUGUUAUGAUUUGUCAGGUGUGGAGUGCUGAUCAGCCCAGAAAUAUCCAGGAGAUUCACCCUUGGAGGACCCAAGGCAAAGGAGUGGUGGCCAGGGUGAAAAGGGACUGGAUCAUUCCUCCAAUCAGAGUUCUGGAAAACAGCAAGCAUGUCCCGGAAAACCUGGUUCAGAUUAAGUCAGACAAAAUCUUUAAAGGUGAGGUGAUCUACAAAUUAGAGGGCCCAGGCGUGGAUCAGGCACCCAAAAAUUUCUUUGAGAUUGAUGACAAAACAGGAGUCAUCAGAAGCAAGCGGCCACUGGACAGAGAGAAAUACAACACCUUCACAUUGAAAGCCUUUGCGCUCUCGCCCAGUGGAGAGAGACUGGAGAAUCCUACCACCAUAGAAAUUGUAGUGCUGGACCAGAAUGACAACAGACCUGCCUUCACUCAAAAACAAUUCACUGGUGCUGUCUCUGAGUUUUCAGUCCCAGGUACAUCAGUAAUGUCAGUGUCAGCCAUAGAUGCUGAUGACCCUAUGACAGAAAAUGCUUUUCUUAGCUAUUCUAUCAUUGGCCAAGAGAGCAUCCCAGCCAAUGCUGUUACCAAGACAAUGUUUGGCAUCAACAACGUGACAGGAACCAUCUACACAAGAGACGUUGGCCUUGACAGAGAGGUAGUGAAGUCCUUCAGGCUAUUGCUACAGGUUGCUGAUAUGGGUGGUAUGGGGCUGACGGGUGAAGGUGUAGCCAUUAUUCAUAUAGCUGACAUCAACAAUCAUGCACCACAGUUCAACCCCAGCUCGUACAGCAUGACAGCAGUGGAGAACAGAAUUAACUAUGAGAUUGGUCGUGUCAAUGUGACAGACAAUGACGAUCGUGGAACAGGAAACUGGGAGGCAACAUAUUUCAUCUCAAACGACCCUUACAGGAAGUUUGCUGUUACAACAGACAGUAUCACCAACCAAGGCAUUCUGAUGGUGGUGAAGCCUCUGGAUUAUGAAACACAGAAUGAGUACAUCCUGUUUCUGACAGUGGAGAAUGUAAAUCCACUGAGCGACAAGGCUCCUAAUAUGCCAGUGAGCAGUGCAGCAGUUGUAAUCACAGUUGUCAAUGAGAAUGAAGCUCCACAUUUUAGGGAAGACCCAAUACAUAUUGUUGUACCUGAGUCUGUAGCUCCUGGAACACUUCUGAAAAGCAACAUUGCAUUUGACCCUGAUAAUUCUGAUUUGAGGUAUGAGAUAAGUAGAGAUCCUGAGAGGUGGCUGGACAUCAACAGGCAUACAGGAGACAUUACUGCAAAGAGAACCUUCAACAUGCGAUCACAACAUGUUCAAAAUAACAUCUAUAUCGCUACUGUCAAAGUUACAGAUGUUGGUGGUGUGUCAACCACUGCCAAUGUGGCUAUCACACUCAAGGAGAUCAAUGACUUCCCCCCAAACCUCUUUCCACUGAGUGGUACCGUGUGCAACGAUGCACGAAGAGUGGGUACUGGAUUGGUGCUAACUGCUGAAGAUGGUGACCUUCCUCCACAUGCUGCACCAUUCUUCUUUGAAAUAUUUGAUGAAGAUUCACUCAACUGGACUGUCACUCAAGUAAAUGACACCCAUGCAAUUCUGCAGCCUCUUGUAGAACUGGAGGAUGGAGAAUAUCCAGUCACAAUUUUGGUGUCAGACUCUGGAAACCCAAUCCUCAGCGCUUACACAAAGAUUAAUGUCACAUUGUGUCUCUGUGACUCGUUCGGUGACUGUAAGUCUGAGGUUGAGGCAGUAUUCGGCUCCAGUAUGGGGAUAAACCUCAUUGCUCUUAUUAUCAUCAUGGCCAGUAUUGGCUUCCUUGUAUUAUUGCUCUUCUUAGCUGCGGUGAUUCACUCUUGUGGGAGACGCCAUCAUAUCAAGAAAGGAUCCGGACUGCUUGUUGGGGAAUCAGAAGAUGACGUCCGGGACAAUGUUCUGAACUACAAUGAGCAAGGAGGUGGUGAGGAAGAUGAGAACGCCUUUAACAUUGACCUGCUGUGGAAUCCCUUUGAUGUGCCCUUGACCCCUAUGCCAUACUACCCAGUCUCUGGUGUUCCUCGAGGCAAGCAGCCUGUCAGGAGAGAUGCUCCACAUAAUCUGCCUUCACCCACCUACCCCCGAAGACCCCCAGCAGAUCCCACUGACAUUGAGGAAUACAUCAGUGAUGGUCUGGAUGCUGCAGAUAAAGAUCCUAACGUGCCUCCUUAUGACACAGCCCUGAUCUAUGACUAUGAAGGAGAGGGCUCGCUGGCAGGUAGCCUCAGCUCCAUUGCGUCUGGCAGCUCAGAUGAAGAUCAGGACUAUGAUUAUCUCAAUGACUGGGGACCACGCUUUCAGAAACUGGCCAACAUGUAUGAUCCACGUUAG